ACAGCAGAGCUUAGGGUUCUGUGGCCCAGAGAACCUUUGAAGGAAAAGGUCUGGCAAGCAAGAAGAGAGCUACCUGGCAAAGAGCUAAAAGGGCGCCUCUGACACUGCCACACUGCCCUGAUCAGGGAGUCUGAGCUGGGUGCAUCAGAAGAGCCUCUCCGGCACUCACAACUCCUUUUCUGCCUUUGUUUUUUUGGUUGUGUUGUGAGGUUUGUUUGUUUGUUUAUUAAUUAAAUCAUCUCUCAGCCUUUAUUCUUGCACAGGGUUAUUGUCUUCCUGGUACACACUUUGUCCUUGCCUUUUCCUUUCAGAUCUCUAUUUUAUCACUCUCUACAAGUCCCUGACAGGAGGGUGUAGCCAGGUGGGGGUCAGUCUCUUCUCACAGGCGAACACUGAUAGGACUAAAGGACAUGAUCUUAAGCUCCACCAGGGCAGGUUUAGGUUGGACAUUAGGAGGAAUUUCUUCACAGAAAGGAUGAUUAGACAUUGGAACGGGCUGCCUAGGGAAGUGGUGGAAUCACUGUCCCUGGAGGUGUUUCAGCAGAGCCUGGACGUGACACUCGUGCCACGGUGUGGUUCUUCUCCAGCCUAAGCGAUCCCGUGGCUGGGUGAUCCCCCCAGCCUGACAAGCGCCCUGAGGGGCACCCGCUCACCCCUUCCCACCAGCCCCCAGCUCAGCCCUGUGUCUGACGGUGAAGGAGACACGAUGAGGGGCAGCUCCCCGUGCACCGCCGGGGAACCUUCCCCCGCUUCCAGCCCAGCCAGGGUCCAGCCCCGGCCAGGAUCCGGAGCCGGGCAGGAUCCAAGCGCGGCCAGGAUCGAGCCCCGGCGCGGAUCCAGCCGCAGGCUGCAGAGGCCGCGGGCCGGCGGCGGGCGCGGCGCUCCCUCUGCCGGGGACUGGGCCCCGGUGCGCGGCGGCGGCGGCUGGGCGGGCCGGGCUGGGGCGGCCGCUGCGAUGAAAUUCCCGGGCUCCGUCCUCAUCUCCCUCGUCCUCUUCGUGUCCGAGACGGCGGCCGCGCUGUGCCUGAGCGCGGGGUACCACGACACGGGGGACCGCAUGUGGCAAACGCUGACGCUGCUCUUCGCCCUCUUUCCCUGCGCGCUGGUGCAGCUCAGCCUGGUCUUCAUCCACCGCGACGUGAGCCGCGACCGCCCGCUGGUGCUGCUGCUGCACCUGCUGCAGCUGGGGCCGCUCGUCAGGUGUGUGGAAGCCUUUUAUAUUUACUUCCGUGCUGGCAGAGUUGAAGAUCCCUAUGUCAGCAUCACAAAGAAGAGGCAGAUGCCCAAAGAUGGGUACUCAGAAGAAAUAGAGAAGGAAGUGGGGCAGGCUGAAGGCAAGCUGCGCACACACAGGUCUGCGUUCAGCAGGGCCUCUGUCAUCCAGGCGUUCCUCGGCUCAGCGCCCCAGCUCACGCUCCAGCUCUACAUCUGUGUCCUGCAGCAGGAGGUCACGGUUGCCAGAAGUAUUUUUAUGGUGCUCUCUCUCCUGUCGAUCGUUUACGGCGCCUUACGCUGCAACAUCCUGGCCAUUAAGAUAAAGUAUGACGAUUACAAUGUCCAUGUGAAACCUGCUGCCUACCUCUGCAUAUUCAUGUGGAGGAGCUUUGAGAUCGCCACGCGGGUCACGGUGCUGGUGCUUUUUGGUUCAGUCCUUCAAAUCUGGGUUUUCUUCGUCGUGCUAUUGAAUUUCUUAGGUUUCUUCUUCUACCCAUGGAUUCUCUUCUGGCUCAGCAAGUCGCCAUUUCCUGAGAACAUAGAGAAGGAAUUGAGCAGGGUGGGCACUACCAUCGUCCUGUGCCUUCUCACAUUCCUGUAUGCUGGCAUUAACAUGUUCUGCUGGUCGGCAGCGCAGGUGGAGCUCAGCGACCCUGACUUGAUUAGCAAGUCCCAGAACUGGUACCGCAUGACCGUGUACUACAUCGUGCGGCUGAUGGAGAACGCCUUCCUCCUGCUGAUGUGGUACAUUUUCAGAACAGACUUCUACCUCUAUGUCUGUGCCCCAAUGUUGUUCCUGCAGCUCCUGAUAGGUUACUGCAUGGGCAUCUUCUUCAUGUUGGUGUUCUACCAGUUCUGUCACCCGUGCAAAAAACUUUUCUCCUCCAGCAUUACUGAAGCUUUGCUGUCCUGUUUCAAUAUCCUCUACUUUAUUUGCCAGCAUCACAAAUCCACUCUACUGACAGGCAAGGUUGUGAUGAAAUCUCCUGAAAAUACUGAUGAAGCACGGGGCAGUAGCAAGACAAUAGAUUCUCAAAACAGGAAUAUUCAUCAAAGUGUUUCUUCCAAUGCCUAGUACAACUGGAAGCAAGUAGGUGCCUUUGGAAGGUGGCAGAUCACCUGCUGGGAACAUUGUGUAUCUUAGACAUUGUGUCUUGUGGGUAGGAUUUCUUUCUUGCAGAUGUAGCACUGCAUGAUGGCUGACAUGCCUGUUUGUUGUGGAGACCAGUGUAUGAGUAUUUGUGUUUGUGUACGGAGAGCAAUCGUUGUUUGUAGGUUUCUAUUUCAGAGCCUUUUUGCACAUAGGUUUAUUGUCACAUGCUUAUUUUAAGUCAUUAUUGGAGACAUCAUUCAGAAACUGUCCUGAUGCUCACCUUACUCAGGAAGUCUGAGGAUGGAAGGCAAUGAAUUUUAUUUCAGAUAGGAUGUCCCAUGGCAUGCCACCUAGCAUGGAAACAGAGCUUAGACCUGGACUAUGUAUGGACUGUAGCUGUGGUCUGCUUUGAUGAAAUUGCAGACUGUUUUACACUCUAAUCAGUGUAAUAAGAUAAUACUACUCUCAGCGGUCAAAGAAUUGGACUUGCACAAUGUGCUGUAGUCUGGGUUGCCAUGAAACAGCCAAUUAGCCAGCACUGUCACAAAAAUGUGACUGUGACUGAGGGUGGACAGAGGGGUUAUUGGCUUUGCACUGUUUCACCCUUCAUGUUUACUGCUUGUUAGUAAGGGAAGUAAAUUUAACACAUUAAUUGUGAUGUUCUGGAACAGCUCAUUUUUCUUUCGUUAUUAUUUCAUUAAUACUUUGUGAUGUUCUGGUGUCAGGGUGGUGUUCACUUUGUAUGAAUAUCUAGAGGCUGGGCAGACAGUGUGUACCAGUCAUGUCGGUGCUCUCCAGUGCACAUCUCCAGCGAGUGACUCACCCCAUCUCAAAAUGUAGGUGAUAUGAGUCACUCUCUGGAGACCUGUUACUCAGUGUUAACCAGAUGCCUUCACAAUUAGUUCUGACUAUCCAUCUGACUUUUAGAUGGCUGCAGUUAGAGAGAUGAGCACUACCCUGAUCAUCAGGGGUUUGGCAGUGCACCAAGUAGGCAGCUCAUUGACUUUUUGUACUUGGAUAGAAGACACUGGUUCCUUCUUUUUGAGCUGUGAUUUGUUAUGAUUAGUUUAAUAGCAUUUAUUCAAAACCCUCUGACUUCUUUACCUCAGAAGUAUCACGACCCUGAUACUGAAGUCUGAAAGAGAAAAUGGAAGUAACUGACUUUUUGUUCUCAGCAAUACAUCACCACAAAUAAAAGUGCUUCUGUAUUUUGCAAGUUUCUGAGAAAGCUUUAGCAGAUGAACACAUAAGAAUUUAGUGUAAAUACAUGGACCCAUAUGUAUUUUCACAAAUUAAGUGAAAGCAUUUUGCACUUUGUUUGCUUAGCACCUUCCUAACAUUUUUUUUGAGUGUUACACAUUAUAGCUGCUCAUGGAAACAAGUAAUUGAUGACCAAAGCAUCUCCCAGUGCUUGAAGCUUAGCCUCCAUUCUGUCUUCGUGCAGGAUGUGAAGCUGUUAAUAGGGAUGACAUCAGCAUAAUUGUUUUAGAAAUGUCUCAAACUCAGGUCUGGGGUCAUUUUUAAUGAAAUAUGUCACCUGCAGUGCUUCAAAGACAUAACCUGCUUUUAUUUUUUUCUUUACUACAGUGUAAAUGAAUGUCUUCAUAUUUCAGUUUUAUUAUGGAGUUAUGUUUUAAUUUUGCUUAGUAUGUGUCUAUGUAUGCUAUGUGUAUGUAGAUGUCAUUAAAUUAUUAGUGGGUGGUAAUGGGAUUUUUGGCCUGAUUUUGCCAUGGAAAUGUACCUCAUAUCUGGGGAAGACACCAAACACCUCCAUUCUAAUUUCUCUGAGGAGAGGAGAAUAGAAUAGUGAAGUGACUCCUUGAAGACACGACUGUGUUUCUCUGGACCUUUGUAUGUAAAAGUACAGUGUAGAAUUUCUCUGUGCUUUUCUCAAUGUAAAAGAUUGUUGCUUUUUCUUUUUCAGUAGAGAGUUAAAGGAGCAAGGGAGAAUGUAACCUUUUCUUUCAAACCUGUGGAGUUCAGCCCACAGGCUCAAAUUUUCUGAUGUUCUUAGCUAAAACUGAGUAUCUGUCUUUAUAACUGGACACUCAUUAACAUCAAUAAUCAGGGAAUUACAGUGGCUGCCUAUCUACAGAUGUACCCCGGUCAGAAACGUUAGCCUUUGGGGGAAAAUUUAAGAAGUAGCUUCAUAUGUAGGAGUAGUUCAUGUCUAAAGAGAGAGCUUAAAGCGGAGUUUGGACACUGUAAGUGGUGGUGCAGUUGUGAUUGUGCCAUUUGGAAACAGUGAAAGCUUCACAAACCUCAGCCAGGUUGGUGCUGCAGUGAAAUGUUGGUGCUGCAGUGAAGGCAAAUGUAGGAGAGUUACAGAGCCAGGAGCCCAGGAUGAAUACACAGUGAGUACCAUUAAACCUCACAGAAGACUGUAUAUGCAUAUUUAGAGUGUGUGUCGUAUUACUUCUUAUUUUUAUACCAGUCUCCUGAAGUGCAUGCAUAGGGAGCUGAAUAUUUAAAUCACUAUUACGAGAGGGGAAAAAAUAGUUUAUAUGGGUUCUAUUACUGUCCUAUGGUUUUGCCUUAGUUGUGCAGAAUAACCAAAUACAUUUCAAACACUCCUCCAGCACGAGGGGCUGUUGCCUGUGCAGUGCCUGGUGUCACCAUGGCCCAGGGUGGUUUAUCCAGCUGUGCUGCCACUGCUGGUGGAGCAGUGCGGGAGGGAGUCGGAGACACACCGAUGCUGUGUCAGACCAGGGCUUGAAGGGAGCAGCUGCUUUUUCUGAAGUGUGCUGUAAAGCUGGGAGAGGCAGUUUUUCUCCAGAUAAUGACAGUCUGGAGGGUGUUGUUAUCAGUGCACCCAGUGGCUGCAUGGAGAAGACAUGAGACAUGAGAGUAUGAGUACAAAGUCUGUCUGUGUAUGAAUGAGUGAUCUCUUGCUGCAAGUUCACUGUGCUUUUACUCUCCUCUAUGAAUGUUAGAGGGGCCUGUGUGUUCCAUGGAAGGGUUUAGGGCUACUGCUGAAAACUCUACUCUUUUGAGUAGUCCUGAGUCACACCAAGGGUGGCUCAGCAAGGGUUAUUUGUGUGUAUAAGAGUAUACAAGAUCUCACACAUGGGUUUUCUUUUAUACUUGUAAAACAGCACCAAUUAAAAUGUUGAAACUA